AUGAGCUACUCCUAUUUUCACACGCCACAGUUUCUAUCAACUACUCUUCAUAUAAUGACUUGCUUCGAAAUACCGGUCCAUAUUCUUGGGGUCUAUAUGAUUUUGGCGAAAACGCCAGAAGCAAUGAAAUCCGUGAAAUGGAGCAUGUUCAACAUGCAUUUUUGGUGUAUGUCGUUAGAUUUGACCAUAAGCUUGCUGAUCACUCCAUUAAUACUGUUUCCAACCAUUUCUGGAUAUCCGAUGGGACUAUUAGAAUGGUUCGGGGUAGAUGUACCCACUCAAAUCUACUUCGCGGUUUCUUUAUUUGCUGGUGUGGUUGGCAUCGCUGUACUUGGAAUUUUCGAGAACCGUUUUUACGUUCUUAUGGCUGACAACACAAUUUGGAAGUAUAUACGGAUCCCAUUUUUUGUAAUCAACUACCUCGCAUGUCUUCUCUUUUUUAUGCCACCGUACCUGGAUAUUCCAAAUCAGGAUAUGAAACUCUCGGAACAUUCAUCAGAACCUCUUCCUUCAUGGAUAACAUAUGGUCCAGUUUUCGUGUUAACCAUUGACGCAACUUAUUCCUUUGCUUCGGUUUUCAUUAUCACUAUUACGAUAGUCAUAGAAAUUCUAUUCUUUAUUUUCUCCCUAAAAAUAUAUAUGAAGUGCCUUGCCAAGAAAAUGACAUUAUCCAAGACCACCCUGAAAAUGCAGCACAAGUUUCUAAAUGCGAUACAUGCGCAGAUGUUCACCCCGCUUAUCAUUCUCAUUGCCCCGUUGAUAUACGUUGCCUGCUCCAUUGGCUUCCAAAUAUUCAAUCAAGCAGCUACCAACAUUUCCUUUAUUCUGAUUUCCUUGCAUGGAUUGGCAUCUACCAUAAUCAUGUUACUGAUUCAUAAGCCGUAUCGAGACGCUUGUAUUUCAUUAUUCCGGUUUAAAGCUCAUUUUAGGACAACAUCUGUGUUGGAAUCAAGACGUCCAAGUUUUGUGUCCCAUGUGGCAAUAACUGCUUGA